GCUAGGUCGAGUAUGUACUUAAACUAACGUUAGGAUGCAAUGUCAACAUUCAGGUGCCACAACAUUGCAAUACGCUGCAUCCUUUAUGAAGAAAAAUCAGCAAAAUUUUAUUUGAUUUUGAGUGAUUUGGUUCAUAAAUCCUUUCAAUAAAAUAAAUUAUUUAUUUUGGCGAGUUUUCUCGUUUUAAUAUAUUUUUCUGUGAUAAUUCGGGAUGGAGCUUCAACAAUUCGCGUCGAAUAACUUAAGAAUUAGUGAUAAAAUUCUAGAUGUAGAAUUCCAGGAUAUUUCGUUCGUUACCAAGGAGAAAAAUGGUUAUAAAAAAAUUAUUGAUGGAGUCUCAGGAAAAUUUCAUUGUGGACACCUUACAGCCAUUAUGGGUCCCUCAGGAGCUGGCAAAACCUCGUUGCUUAAUAUUCUCACAGGAUACCAGGUCACUGGAACUACUGGUACCAUAAAAUGCAAUAGCUCUAGUAGAAAGCAAAAAGGCGUCUUACAAUACAAAAAAGAAUCAUGUUACAUCCUCCAAGAUGAUAGCCUACCAAAUUUGUUUACAGUUGAGGAGUGUAUGAUGAUUGCCAGUAAACUUAAAAUUGCCAAUAUGGCCAAAAAAGCAAGGGAAUUUUUGAUUAACGAAAUCCUAACCAAUCUAAGCUUAUUAAAGGCAAAGAAUACUAGAUGCCAAUCUCUAUCUGGUGGUCAAAAGAAAAGGUUAUCAAUAGCUUUGGAAUUAGUUGAUAAUCCACCGAUUCUAUUUUUGGACGAACCAACUACAGGUCUUGACAGCGCAUCCACCACCCAAUGUGUAGAUUUGUUAAAAAAAUUAGCCAAUGGAGGAAGAAUUGUAAUCUGCACUAUUCAUCAACCCAACACCCAAACUUAUGAAAUGUUCGAUCAGGUUUAUAUGUUGGCCAAAGGUCGAUGUGUUUACCAAGGGCCAAGUACCAAUACUGUUCCUUUUUUAGCUUCAGUAGGGUUGCACUGUCCUCAAUACCACAACCCUGCGGAUUAUAUUAUGGAAGUCGUUAGUGGAGAAUAUGGUGAUCAUAUAGAUCAAUUAGCAGUAGCAGCACAGGAUAAAAAGUGGCAAAAUAUACCUACAAUUAAACUUAGUGAUACUCCAGCUAUAGACAGUAAAGAUAAUAAUAUCAUAUACUCCGACGAAAACGUUACUCUCUCUAAAUCACCUUCAGAAUGGAAAAGGUUUUUUAUAUUAUUACAACGAAGUUCUGUUCAACUUUAUAGAGAUUGGACGAUAUCUCAACUAAAACUGGUACUUCAUUUGUUAGUAGGAUUAUUUUUAGGUAUAACUUUCCAAAAUUGUGGUAGGGAUGCCACAAAAGUGAUAAGUAAUUUAGGAUUUUUACAAGUCGGUAUAGUUUAUUUGGCUUAUACGUCAAUGAUGCCUGCAGUAUUAAAAUUUCCUACCGAAUUAGUAAUAUUGAAGAAAGAAAGUUUCAAUAAUUGGUACAAACUGACAACGUAUUACGCUGCCUUUUUGGUUUUCGACAUACCUCAACAGAUGUUAUUUAGCACAGUUUACUGUAUUGGAUGCUAUUUUGUCAGUGACCAACCAUUGGAGGUUGACCGGUUUUUCAGUGUACUUUUUGUUCUAGUGCUAGCAUCAUUGUCCUCGUCAGGAUUUGGACUGAUAUUGGGAACAAUCACUAAUCCAAUUAACGGAGUAUUUUUUGGAGCAGUGGGAUUAUGCUUCUUUAUCUCAGUUGGAGGAUUUUUCAUAAUGUUCACGCAUAUGUCGAAUGUAAUGUACUUAUUUUCGUAUAUUUCGUAUAUCAGUUUCUCAGUAGAAGGAGUGAUGCAAGCUAUAUAUGGAUACGGCAGAGGCCAGCUUCAUUGUCCAGAAGAAGCAGAGUUCUGUCAGUACGUUUCAUCAGAGGUGCUUCUCGAAGAUAUCGGAAUGAGUAAACCUAACUAUUGGAUAGACAUUAUCUACCUUACUUGCACAUUCCUAACUUUCAGAACCAUCGCCUUUGUAACACUUAAAAGAAAAUUAGCUAAUCCGUAAUAGCUAGAAAAAGGAGUUAUAUUUUUAAGCUUAUGUUAAGUAGGUCGGAAUAUUGGGAAAAAUACACAAUAUAAUUAUGUAGGACUGUGUCUUAUGGUAUGGUUGGAAAAAUGAGCUGCUUAUAUAACAUUAAAAAAUAUUACCAAUUAACAACAUAACUAAAUAAUUUAAGUGGUAGUUGGGAUAAUCCGCUAUAUGCAGCGCGGAUAAUCCGGAGUGUGGAUUAUUCGCUCCAUGAGUUUUCCAUUACUCAAAUGAAUUUUUGACGUUUUAUUGAUAGAGCGUCACCGUAAAUCACUCGACGGAAACUCUAUAAUACCGCAUUUACACUCAGUCCUGUUGGACAGGGAAUUGGGCAGGGAAGUGGGCAGCGUGAAUGUGUAAAUAGCUCACUUACGCUGCUGCUGCUCAUACUACUGCCAUUGCACGGCGCUCCCUCAAAAUUCGGUUUUAGAGAUGGACGUCAAAGGACUGGCAGCGCGAGCGCGAGUGGGUAUUCACAUGCAACUACUCUCUCUCUCACUUGCCGCCGGCAAAGCGGCAAGUGAGUAAAGGAGCAAGACGAUGCUGUCGUCACAUUUCAUUCUUGAGAUUCGUUCGGUAAUUGAGAUGUGAGGACAUUGGCGAGGAACUGUUGUGAACACUUCACUCGCGUCGAUAUCGUAUUUCGGGCAAUAUUUGCAGCAGCGAAAGCAGCAGUGGCAAUGGCUGAGUAUAAAUCCGGCACAAAGUGAGGGUGCACAUAACAUAAUAAUGCAAUAUCGAUAGCAACGGUGCUCAGGGGAUCCCUAGAAAUCAUUGCUUGACAUCUGACGCUGCGUGUUAUGCCGAAUAUGUGAUAUUUAGUUGCGCACUAGAGAAGAGUCGCUACUCUGCUAUAUUUUUAACCCGUAUCUUUGUUUUCAAAAUGGCAAAACCAGUGAUAAAUGCAAGAGAAAUGCUUUAACGAUUGAACAAACAUUGGAGAUUUUUAACAGAAGUGGAAAGAUGAAACUGUAUCAUUAUUGCGAAUCUGUGAAGUUUUCAAGCAAACAAUACAAAAUUUUACGGAAUUUCAUAUCAUGAAACUCCUUCAAAAACAUAUCUGCAAGAAAAUCAUUAAAAGGCUCAACUUGUGAACCACUCGAUGAAGCAUAUUCCAACCAAGCGAUUUCGGUAGAUAGAUCGGGCGACGUAUCCUAAAAAUCACUAGGUACGUAAAUGUGUGCUAAGCACACGGAAAUUUUUCAUGAACACUUGAAAAUAAAAAAACGUUUCAAACUGAUUUCAUCUGAAGAUGAGAGUCAAGACGAAAAAAAUGAUGGCACGGUAUCAAUCUGGAAGUUGCCAAUAUUCUACUAUACUCUGGGCUAAUUAGUAAAAUACAAGGAAAAGUUAUUUACCAGCAAUUUUAUUGCUGGAAUCGAAUCUUAUAAUCAUAUAUUUUAAUAAUAUAGGUAUGUGAAGUCCGCAGAUAGUGUACUACUUUUUUUUAUAAACAAAAUGGCGCCCGAAAAUCGUGUUUUUUUCAAUUUUUGCUAUAUAACUCCAGGGCAGUGCCGGAUUAACCAUUAGGCAAAGUAGGCAGUUGCCUAGGGGCCUAGGCCCUGAAGGGGUCUCGCAUGGCUCAAAACGAAAAAAUAAUCUUCUCUUCUUCAGGUGCCGUGUCCAUAUUCAGACGGCCGUCAUCUUGUUUACAAGUUCCUGAAACCUCUCUCUAUGAGGACCUUCAUUGGAAGUGUGCGAAAAAAUAAUAAUUAGAAUUAAAUAAAUACUAUAAAUCAUAUUUUAUCUGCUCUAUGUCAUAUUAUGUAUAAGUUUUUAGUUUGUGAAAACUGUCAUUAUAGAUAGCAGUGCGUGAAGGAUUUAAAGUGUGCGUGAAGUAACUUUUAAAAGUAAGUACUUUUUCGCACUGUUUUUAACUGUAAUUGUCAUGAUGACAAUCCUUAACUUUCGCGUUGUCAUGGUGAUGACCAUACGAGCAAUGAAUUACAACAAAAGUUUUGACAGUUUUGCGGUUUGAAAGUAUGUAGUUAGAAUUUUUAAAUGUCAAAGUUCUGAAAAUUGUAGAAUAGAAAUGAAUUCCAGUGACGAAGAGUUAUAACUUUUUUUAUUUGUUUAUCGUAGAUAAAAUAUUGUAUGAAACUGUGCGUGAAGUACUUUUUGAGAACUUACGCGAUUUAUAGCACUCGCUCCGUUGUCGCUCGUGCUCUAAAAAUCGCGUGCGUUCGCAAAAAGCAUACUUCACGGACUGUUUCAUAAAUAACUCUUAUGAUUUUGAUUGGAAUAUCGAUAGUUUUUAUUAUUAUAAUAUAGGUCAUGAAUCUUUUAAAGAUAUGAAAAUUUGUGUGGGGAAAGAGGGCCGAGAUAAAAAGGUGAUGGUUCGAAAAUUAUCAUCCUAAUGUUUAUAUCUUCGCCGUACAUGCCGGUCAACUUUGACCGGUUUUAUCUCAGGAACCACUUAUCGCAAUUAAACGUUUUUUCUUUUAGAAGAAGCGUCAUGUCGCGUUCUUUCCAAUACCGUUUUUAUAAUUUAAUUUAAUAGAUGCCGAGAUAUUAUAUUUGUUCAUAAGCCAAAAAAUUGUUAAUAAUUUGUCAAAAUAUUUUCGAGGCCGCUUAAAUAGUCCAAUUUUAAUUUUGUAAAGUACAUUAGAUAGGUAUAGUUCCUUUUUAUACAGAAAUCAUAGCUAUUCUUAUGUAUCUUAAUUAUUAUGGUUAUUAUAGCGAUUAACAAUUUAAUUGUUGCUAAACUGUUCAUUCAAUUUCCAUCGACUUCAGGAAAUAUAAUCUAUACCGAAAGGGCUUUUAUGUCACCAAGUUAUUCAAUUAUUAAUAAAUAAUUACUUAUCUAAAAUUUUAGUUGAAAAUUAAAGAUUUUGUUGGAAAACCCCGCAUUUUCUUUCGUUGAAGUAAGUCGGGAAAAACAUGUCUCCAUGCAGAAUUGAAUUACGGUGAAUUUUUAUUAGGGUGUAUUUGGUGUAAAGCUAAAAUCUUUGGAGUUAUACAGCAAUAAUUGAAAAAACGCGAUUUGGGUGCGCCAUUUUGUUUAUAAAAAAAGUAGCACACUAUCUGCGGACUUUGCAUACCUAUAAUAUUAUUAUAUAGAAUCGUAAGAUUUGAUUCCAGCAAUGAAAUUGCUGGUAAAUUUUUCCUAAAAAUGGCCUAUUUUCCGAUAAAUCUGCUUAGACUACUAUACUUAACCAACGAGAAACUUCGGACCUUGUCGAUAUUUUGAACUUGCGGGGAAUACAUCAGAAGAUUGAACUAUAAGUUAGUUUAAACUUAUGAGAUUUUUACUUUUUUUUUACCUUUUUAUUAUAGUAGGUACGUGUAUGAAUGUACACGUGUAUUAUGUAUAAUAUAAGAAAUAAAUGUGCGGAGUAUCCGUGCUUUUUAAUUAUCCGUACCACGCCCGGUCCCGUGGAGAACGCAUAAACGGGGUUCUACAGUAUACAUAAUCGAAGACUUUUUACCUUCAUUUGGUAGGUAUAAUCACUGCAGUAUACACAGAGUGAAAGUACACCCAAAGAAUAUAGACGUUCAUAUGCAUCAUAUUCGCUUUAUUCGUUAGAUAACCAACGAAUAUAGACUUCGUUAAUAACCAACAUAUUACACACUCUCCUAUGGGAUCAAAUUAAAUAGCAUGGCAGUCCAUAUUCCGAUCUUCUUUUGUAGCUCUUUCAUUUUUAUUUUCAAAAAUGAUAACUUGUAGAUUUUGUUUUUCAAGUGAUUACAAAUAAUUUAUUGUAAAUAAAAAUAAAUAAAAUAAACACAAAA